UGACCUCUGUGACCUCUGAUGGUGUCUCUUCCUGGACUCCGCCCUGUUGCGGCGGUGACACUGCAGGUGGGUGGGUCCUCGCUGAGGGCGGGGUUGUGCUGUGACAUCGAGAGCUUCUCUCCUGAUGCUGUGGAGACGUUUGUUCUGCUGCUGCACCGAUGCACACGCUGCCUCUUCACCUGCGCCGAGAGCGGUCACAUGAUCACCCACCUGAGCACCCACGUGAGCCCCACCCAUCUGAGCUCCACGCCCAAUCACAGCCCCAGCCACACCCACAUUAGCAGCACACCCAAUCACAGCCCCAGCCACGCCCACAUCAUCAGCGCCUCACAGGAGUUCAUGCAGACAGGGGAUAAAGAGGAUGAAGACCUGUUUCUGUACGACAUGUUUGACAUCAGUGCUCAGGGGGAGGAGCUACAGGAGGCACACACCUGUCAGGUGAGCUCUUUGUUCGAGGAGCAUUGUUCUCUGUUUAAAGAGGAGAGGGACCAAAGCGCCCACCUCAGGACCUUAGGACUGUGUCGCAUCUCUGCUUCAAAGAGCCCCCCCAGGAGCCCCCCUAAGAGCCCCCCCAGCAGCUCCUGCAGGACAGACAAAACCCCAGGAUCCACAGAAAAGUCCAGGAGAAGGUCCAGGCCUGCCAGAGUCCCGAGAGUCCAUCUGAAACUCACCAAGACUGAUCCACGAGUCCAACCCAUCGCUCAAACCACAGCCCACAGACCUGUUCACACACCUCUGAGGGACUUUAGAAAGAGGAGAAGAGAGCCACCAACAAAAUCACGAGAUGUCGGCGAUGAUAAAAAAAUUAUCCGGAGAAAAAAACUGGAGAAUCUUCAGAAAGAGCCCAGCUUCACCUGCUCAGUGUGCAAGAGGACCUUCAGCUCGGCUCUGACCCUCAGGAGACAUGCAGGUGUCCACUCUGACCUCAGACCUUUCAGUUGUUCGCUCUGUCCAUACUCCAGCCGUCUCAGAGCCUCUCUACUGCAGCACCAGCGCACGCACACAGGUGAGAGACCUUUUGGGUGUCCUGUCUGCUCGUACGCGUCCAUCGACCGCAGCUCUCUGCUCCGACACCAGCGUCUCCACAACAAUGAGCGACCUCACUGCUGCCCCCACUGUGACUACUGCAGUAUCCAAAAGAAGAGUCUGGACCUGCACCUUCAACGCCACCAUCACCACCUGACCACGCCUGACACCCCCUGACCACACCUGACCACAUCUAAUCACAUCUAAUCACACCUGACCACCCCACCACCUCACCACCUGACACCACCCGACACCACCUGAGCCCGAGCCCUGUACAGUGUUUUCGGAUGAGAGUCGUCAUUCCCUCUGACCUCAGCCACACUGUGGUCAGUCCCUCUGUUGACCCCAGCCUCACUGUGAGAGCCACAGUCAAUGACCCUGACACAUUUGUGGCGGUCACUUCACUGACGUGAUGUGUCAAUCACCUGUGGAGCUCGGAGCAGCUCACACAGCGGCUCGCCAUCAUGCUCUGGAGAGGGGUCAAAGGUCAUGGACUAAAGUGGUACAUCAGAGGAGAAGAUAAAGCCUCAAUCACAACAUGGCACUUAGCAGCCCCCCCUUUCACAUGGGCCCAGAACAUGCUCUGCUCAUGCCCUCCAUUUGGCUCUUUCACAUAGCAAAGUGCUACUGUAAAAUUUAAAUUUAAAUAGAAUAUAAUGAUAUCAUGUAGUGUAACCAGAAAACCAAGCAUGUAACCAAGGAAAUGGCGCUGGGACGGAGCUGGGACGGAGCUGGGA